AUGUUGAGCGCCUUGGCUAGGAAGAGCAAGCUGGUUGCCGCCGGUAAGAAGAGCAAGGGUGCCGCGGCUACUGCUACAGCGGCGGCGGCGGCGGCCUCGGUGCACACAUCCGGGCGUGGAAGUGGCUCGGCGGCCCGCAUCCUCAGUCGUGGGGGAGGCACGGCCUUGGGCGCAGAUUCUGCGAGCCGAACCCUAGGUCGCGGAAGCGGAUCAGCGUCGGCGGCCGCAUCGGCAGCAGCGGCGACCUGUCCUAUCUCCGGUGGUCUCGGGUACGGCGUGGCGACGGUUCCCAUUGGAUCCGGCGGAGGUGCCUUCCCUGGCGCGGCGACGGCUCCAUCGUUGGACGGGACAAAGGACCCACGUCCAUCUAAUGGGUUUAUGAGCUAUUUUGGUAAUCAACCACACAAUUUUCAUUUGGUUGGUGCACCUGUCCAUAACAUUGAAGGAAGUUCAUCGACAGAAGUGCAGAUCUUCUAA